AUGUGGGCCGGGCUGCUCCUGCGGGCCGCCUGCGUCGCGCUCCUGCUGCCCGGGGCCCCGGCCCGCGGCCACAGCGGGAGGAAGCCGCCCGGGCUCUUCUCCGCCGAGAGACGUCGGCUGGGACCGCAUGUCUGCCUCUCUGGGUUCGGGAGUGGCUGCUGCCCUGGCUGGGCGCCCUCCUUGGGCAGUGGGCACUGCACCCUUCCCCUCUGCUCCUUUGGCUGCGGGAGUGGCAUCUGUAUUGCUCCCAACGUCUGCUCCUGCCAGGAUGGAGAGCAAGGGGCCACCUGCCCAGCCCACAGGCCCUGCGGGGAGUAUGGCUGCGACCUGGCCUGCAACCACGGCGGCUGUCAGGAGGUGGCCCGUGUGUGCCCUGUGGGCUUCUCCAUGACCGAGACCGAUGUUGGCAUCAGGUGCACGGACAUUGAUGAAUGCCUGAGCUCCUCCUGCGAGGGCCACUGCGUGAACACGGAAGGCGGCUUUGUGUGCGAGUGUGGGCCUGGCAUGCAGCUGUCCGCCGACCGCCACAGCUGCCAAGACACUGAUGAAUGCCUAGGGUCCCCCUGUCAGCAGAGGUGCAAAAACAGCAUCGGCAGCUACAGGUGCUCCUGUCGAACUGGCUUCCACCUGCAUGGCAACCGGCACUCCUGUGUAGAUGUGAACGAAUGUCGGAGGCCGCUAGAGAGGCGCAUCUGUCACCAUUCCUGCCAUAACACGGUGGGCAGCUUCCUGUGCACCUGCCGACCUGGCUUCAGGCUCCGAGCCGACCGCGUGUCCUGUGAAGCUCUGCCAAAGGCCGUGCUGGCCCCCUCCGCCAUCCUGCAGCCCCUGCAGCCCCCGCCCAAGAUGCUGCUGCUGCUCCCGGAGGCUGGCCGGCCUGCCCUCUCCCCAGGACACAGCCCCCCUCCCGGGGCCCCAGGACCCCCGAGCGGAGUCAGGACCACACGCCUGCCGCCUCCCACCCCCGCCCCACCCACAUCCUCCCCUUCUGCUCCGGGGCUGCUGCGGUCCACCCCCAUGUCUAGUGCCCCCCUGGUGGGGACCCUCGGACCCCCCUCACAACUCCAGAAGGCGGUGGUGACCCCUUCCUGGCCCAGGGGUCCUGCAGCCACGCCGCCGGCACUGGCGCCCUCUGCGUGCUGGCACCUGGGAGCCAUGUACGGGGCAGGCAGCCGCUGGACGGGGCCCGGGUGUUCCCAGUGCCGGUGCGAGAAUGGGGAGGUGACGUGUGAGAAGGUGACGUGUGAAGCUGCUUGUUCCCACCCGAUUCCCUCCGGAGAUGGGGGCUGUUGCCCAUCGUGCACAGGCUGUUUUCAUGGCGGUGUCACCCACGCCGAAGGGGACGUGUUCUCGCCGCCCGACGAGAACUGCACCGUCUGUGUGUGUCUGGCUGGAAAUGUGUCCUGCAUCUCCCCCGAGUGUCCUCCCGGCCCCUGUCACACCUCCCCGCCCUCGCAUUGCUGCACUUGUGUCCCCGUGAGGUGCUACUUCCACGGCCGGUGGUACCCCCACGGGGCUGUGCUGAGUGGGGGUGCAGAUGAGUGCACCACCUGUGUCUGCCAGAACGGGGAGGUGGAGUGCUCCUUCACGCCGUGCCCGGAGCUGAGCUGCCCCCGCGAGGAGUGGUGGCUGGGCCCUGGACAGUGCUGCUUCACCUGCCGGGAGCCCACGCCCACGACAGGCUGCUCGCUCGAUGACAACGGGGUUGAGUUUCCGAUUGGACAGAUCUGGUCUCCUGGUGAUCCCUGUGAGUUAUGCAUCUGCCAGGCAGACGGCUCAGUGAACUGCAAGAGGACAGACUGUGUGGACUCCUGCCCUCACCCGAUUCGGAUCCCUGGACAGUGCUGCCCAGACUGUUCAGCAGGCUGCACCUACACAGGCAGAAUCUUCUACAACAAUGAGACCUUCCCGUCUGUGCUGGACCCAUGCCUGAGCUGCAUCUGCCUGCUGGGCACAGUCGCCUGCUCACCCGUGGACUGCCCCAUCACCUGCACCUACCCUUUCCACCCCGACGGGGAGUGCUGCCCCGUGUGCCGAGACUGCAACUAUGAGGGCAGGAAGGUGGUGAAUGGCCAGGUGUUCACCUUGGACGACGAGCCCUGCACCCAGUGUACCUGCCAGCUGGGAGAGGUGAGCUGUGAGAGGGUCCCCUGCCACCGGGCCUGCACAGACCCCUCCGCGCCCCCAGGGGGCUGCUGCUCCUCCUGCCCAGAUUCGCUGCUUCUUCCGGAAGGAAGCCAGGGGCUGUCCCCUCGCGGAGACUCGGAGUUCAGCCAAGUGGCUCGGAGCCCCCGGGGAGACACGGAGGCCCCCGUCAACUGUAGCUCCUGCCUGGGCCCCUCGGCAGGGUCGCCGCAGAGGCCAGCGCUCCAGCUCCUCCAGCUCCUGUUAGGAGGGAACCUGUCCCAGGCGCAGACUUUAACCACGAGCCGCUCAGGAGCCCAGGCCUCACCCUCGGCCCCCUUCGGGCCAGGGGGCUCGCUCCCAGGGGAACACGGCGCCUCCCGGCCCCCUCGGCCCUCCCCAGGGCCUUCCCUCCUUCCAGGAGCCUCCCCUCUACCUCCAGCCUCUCCCGGGGCUCCUGGAACACGUCCUCUUACUCCAGAACCCUCCUCCUCCGCCUUCGGGGCCCAGACGGCAUCCAGACGGCCUUUUCUGCCGGUCACCACCCCGACGGAAGCUCCCACCCUUUCCUCGACAGCCCCCAGCCCCUCUGAGAACCCCAGCACCCUCCUCAGGCCUCCUAGACUCUCUCCCACCAUCUCCAGACUCUCUGCAGCCCUCGCAGCCACGGCCAGCGCACAGGAACCCGCCACGGAGGCCUCGAGGGAGGAGGAGGCCGCCCAGUAAGCAGGACUGUGCCCUGGGGACUCUGGACACAGAAGACUCUGGGAGCUUGCAGGGAGGCUUGGGACGGAGGAGGCUGAGGAUGCCGAGGCCCAGCCUCUCCCAUGGGGCUCUUGGCUGUGAUGGCGGAUCCCUGGGGCGCGACAGCCUUGUUCCUGGGAAGCGUUUGGAAUGCGCUGUGAGCACUGAGGUGUCCUCCCUGGUCAUCAUCUCCUGGGCGGCCCACUUUUCUCUGGAAGAGGGUUGUGGGCGCUGAGCUUCCUCACUGGAGGAAGAGAAUCAGGGGGCCCUGGCCUCGGCUGGCAUGGUGCCACCUCUGUGUCCUUACCUGGGGUUUCCUGAUUAAAGGUUGGCUCAGUUUCCCCAGGGCACCCUGCUCAAUCACUUCUCGCCUUGGGAAAGAGGACAGGUCACUCCAGCCCACACCAGUGAACUACUAAGUCUUCAGCUCAGGUGUGAACCCCUCUGUUCAGUGAAGUCUGGACUCCAGCAAGCAGUGGGUGUUAGAUGUUGGGUGAAUGCACCCUGCGUUUCCCCUUACCCAGGAUCUCACAUUUAGCAGUUUGAGAAACAGAAGAGGGUGGGGUCAGUGUGCCAGUAGCUUGUGCUGGAGUCGCUGGGCUGAGCAGCCCCCAAGAGUCAGAUCAUCAGACUCGGUUCCAGAGACCUGACGCUGGCGCUGGCUACUGGGGGGUGAGGGGCUUGAAG